AAUCGGCGAUUGUUUGUAGAUACAGAAAAACAGCGUUGAGUUUCCGGUCUUUAUGAUAUAUGGUCGUUGAUUACAAUAUGGCUGCCACUCGUGUUCAUGGUGUACCUCGAAUACUCUCCAAAUUACAGGGGUCAAUUCGUGACAAAAAUUUUUAUGAAGCUCAUCAAUUAUAUCGGACACUUUACUUCAGGUAUCUUGGUGUGAAGAAAUACAAAGACCUUUUGGAUUUGCUGUAUUCCGGUGCAAUACUGUUGCUUGAGAAUGAUCAGCACACCAGUGGCGCUGACGUUGCCAUACUGUACGUCGAUGUGUUGGUCAAGUCUGAAACACCCCCCACCGAUGAGUACAUCGUCAAGUUAUCUCGGUUGCUGCAGAUGAUGGACCCUGAUGCCCCGGAGAGGGAGACCUACCUGGAGCACGCUCUGCGCUGGUCGGGAGACGGCGGACACCCGCAGCUGCACAAGAGCCUCGCCCAGGUGUUCUGGAAGCAGAAGAACUAUGUGCGAGCGAGACAACACUUCCUGCAGUCGUGUGACGGGCGCGGCUUCGCGGUGAUGCUGGUGGAGCUGCAGAGACAGCACGGCUUCACGGCCGAGGUGGACCUGUUCAUCGCGCAGGCCGUGCUGCAGUACCUGUGUGUGGAGAACAAGUGGAGGACGGCCAAGGAUGCCUUCCAGACGUACACUCUGCAGCACCCCAACAUACGGGCGGGGCCUCCGUACCUGCUGCCUCUCCUUAACUUCCUCUGGUUCCUGCUCAAGGCUGUCGAGAGUGGGAAGCUGAAUGCGUUCAAGGUGCUGUGUGAGCAGUACCAGCCCAGCAUCAGACGUGAUCCCAGCUACCAGGACUACCUCGACAAGAUAGGACACGUCUUCUUUGGCAUCCCGCUGCCCAAGGCGCACUCUCAGGGCUUCUUUGAGAACAUCCUGCAGUCGUUCCUGACGGGCGUGCCGGAGGACACACGGCCGCAGCCGUCCACCUCCAGGCAGCACGCCCACAUGGACACGGACGCGCUGGACUGAUGUGGCCCGGGCCGCUCCCCCCCUCCCCCUCUCCCGCAGCGUCCACACUUAUUUAUUUCCUGACGCGACUUCGUAUCCGACCAUAAAACUAAAUUAUGUGUACAGUAAUUGUCAGGUUUGUGGAGAGAUUCCAGCUAGCAUGCGCAAACCUGAAACAAGAAAAUCAUUCUUAUUUUUAUUUUUUUUUUAAAAAAAAAUACUGUUUCCUAUUAAUUUUUUUUAACUGAACAGUUUUUGUCUUUGUGUAUGAAUGUAUAUGUUUGUGUGUGUAUAUAUGUAUGCAUAUAUAUGCACAUAUAUAUAUGGAAAGAUUUAACAUUUUAUGUAUAUAUAUAAAACAAUACAGAGCUAUGGUGGAUUCUUAAAAUUGUUGGAAAUGUUUAGGCUUGUUUCCAAACAUAAUUUUUUAAGCCCAUAAAUAACUGCACUGUAUGUGCACCAGUUAGGCAGAAUAUUAUAGCAACAUAUGUUGUAUAGUUGCAAAUGAACUGUAUAAUAUGUUUUACAUUGUGCUUCAUAAUCAAAUUGUUACUUUAAUUAUUUUCUUGAAAAAUAAACAUUUACUUUAGAAAAUAGUAGAUACUGAAUUUUAAUUAUUACUGUAGCAACAAACUUGGUUACAUUUCACAAUGUAAUAAAAAAAUAUUUUUCAA